AGACUCCAGAGCUGAUGUUGUGGAUAGACAGUGACAAACUUCAGUUUCACCGCGGAGAAAUCUGUCGAGUCUGCUGGACUUACCAGCCAAGGCAACAAUCCUUCACCUUCAGCUCAGCAAGGCCCCAGGACAACCAGCUGUCAUACAGCAGCAGAACCUCCCGCUCUUCUUCCUCCUCAGCUCCUGCGUCCUGCACAUGCUCUCAGGGGGGUCAGGCGUGCAGCGCCUGCCAGGGGUCGAUGCCUCCUCCUCCUUCAGUGAAGCUCUACCUUUCAACGGGGUUCAUGAGCUGGAGGGUACUGGGCGAGUCGCUUCCUUUGACCGGCUCUUUCCUUUGGUCUAUCCCAUCCAACUGCCAGCAGGGCUCCUACCAGCUGCAGGCAAAAGUCAAGGGCAGCAAAACCCCCUCCUCGUCCUCCUCUCCCUCCUCCUCAUCCAUCACCACCUCCUCCACCCCCUCUUCUUCCUCUUCGCAAGUCCUCUCCCCCGUUCUCAACAUCUCUAUCAAGGAUGAAAUGUUCAUCGUGUCCCCUGUGGAGGGUACUGAGUGGGUGAUGGGCAAGUUUGCCACGAUCGAAUGGGUUUGCAAAGGAGCGCAAAGGGAUGAUAUCGUGGUUUCAAUUGGUUCGAGAUUCUUUCGACUUGCAACGAUUGCAGAAAAGCAGCCUGAACAAGGAUCAAUACAAUGGAAGGUCCCCGAGACUGGUAUCAGAGCAGGAUGGUAUUUCCUGUCCAUUCACGCAGCAUCAAGUCGCGUCUCUGCCAAGAGCGGGUGGAUUUACAUCAAGGAUCAAGCAACUAUGGAGGAGGAUCUCAGAGAAGAGGAGGAGGCAACAGCACAGACUCUUGAAGAGGACUCAGACACAGCUGCGAGCGCUCCUCCUCCUCCUGCCUUCAUUAUGGACUCCUGGCUGGCGCCUCCUGCCCAUCUCGAUCGUGCACCAGAGAGUGCAGGAGGAGGCGAGGAGAAACAAGGAGGCAACGGCAGCGAGAGGAGAGGAGUGCGCUGCUGACCGAGGCUUGUUUUCAUCACUGAUACAUAAUAUAAAGAAAUACUUCC